GAUAGCUUUCUUUUCAUUUUCUCUCUUCCCCGGGUCAGAGUGAAGUAGCCAUGCAGGCAUUUCUCAAAGGUGCAUCUAUUAGUAAACUACCGCCGACCAAGGACCGAGCAGUUGCUGCCACUGCAGGAAGCAGUGGAGAGAACAAGAAAGCCAAGCCUGUACCAUGGGUAGAAAAAUACCGGCCAAAAUGUGUGGAUGAAGUUGCUUUCCAGGAAGAGGUAGUUGCAGUGCUGAAAAAGUCUUUAGAAGGAGCCGAUCUCCCUAAUCUCCUGUUCUACGGGCCGCCUGGGACUGGGAAAACAUCCACUAUCCUGGCCGCCGCUCGGGAACUCUUUGGGCCUGAACUUUUCCGAUUGCGAGUUCUCGAGUUAAAUGCAUCUGAUGAGCGUGGAAUACAAGUGGUUCGCGAGAAAGUCAAGCACUUUGCUCAGUUAACUGUGUCAGGAAGUCGCCCAGACGGGAAACCAUGCCCUCCGUUUAAAAUUGUGAUUCUGGAUGAAGCCGAUUCCAUGACCUCAGCUGCUCAGGCAGCUUUAAGACGAACCAUGGAGAAAGAAUCUAAGACCACCCGUUUCUGCCUCAUCUGUAACUAUGUCAGUCGAAUAAUUGAACCCCUAACUUCUAGAUGUUCUAAAUUCCGUUUCAAACCUCUGUCAGAUAAAACUCAACAGCAGCGAUUACUAGACAUUGCUGAGAAGGAAAACGUCAAAAUCAGCAAUGAGGGAAUAAAUUACCUUGUCAAAGUGUCAGAAGGAGACUUAAGGAAAGCUAUUACGUAUCUUCAGAGUGCCACUCGACUAACCGGUGGAAAGGAGGUCACGGAGAAAGUGAUCACAGACAUUGCUGGGGUAAUACCGGCGGAGACAAUUGAUGGAGUGUACACCGCGUGUCAGAGUGGCUCCUUUGACAAGUUAGAAGCUGCUGUUAAGGAACUGAUAGAUGAGGGACAUGCAGCAACUCAGUUGGUCAAUCAAUUCCAUGACACCAUCGUUGAAGACAGCCUUUCUGAUAAACAGAAGUCUAUUAUUACAGAAAAGCUUGCAGAAGUGGAUCAGUGUUUAGCCAAUGGUGCUGAUGAACACCUGCAGCUGAUCAGCCUCUGUGCCACUGUGAUGCAGCAGCUAACUCAGAAUUGUUAAGCUGAAUUUUAAUUCUGCUUGACUGUACUUGUAAAUAUUGCAUUUUGGAAAUAAAAAGUAAACCAACUUUAAA